AUGCUCAUCCCACGCAACGAAUCGAGCUCAAAAUUAACGCGCCGAAUUAUCUUUUAUCACCAAACUCACUAUCGAGAUGAUCGGUACAUUUCAAUCCAGCCCACAAUCCUUCCCGGCGCUGGUGUCACACACGUCAUUGUCGCAGCGAUUCAUUUGAACUCUGAUCGCAUUACCCUCAAUGAUGAUGUGUACGACUCAGAUAAGUUUAUCCCACUGUGGGAUGAAAUCCGUCAACUUCAAGCAGCCGGCAUAAAAGUGCUCGGCAUGCUUGGAGGUGCGGCGCAGGGCUCGUACACGAAGCUUGACGGCUCGCUUGAGGGCUUCCACAGAUGGUAUCAGCCGCUGCGCAAGAUGAUUGCCUGGGCCAAAUUUGACGGGCUGGAUCUUGAUAUUGAAGAAGCCAUGUCGUUGGGCGGUGUAGUCCGCCUGAUCGACCAUCUAAAAACCGACUUUGGGCAAUCCUUCCUCGUCACACUUGCGCCUGUCGCACCGGCUCUGCUUAACAGGCAGAACCUAGGCGGUUUUAACAUCGAAGAGCUUGAGAAAGGGCUCGGUUCACGAAUAGCAUGGUAUAACACACAGUUCUAUUGUGGAUGGGGCGACAUGAGCAAGACGCACGACUACGACACCAUCAUCGCGCGCGGCUGGCCACAGGAAAAGGUCGUCAUAGGUCUUGUCACCAACGCGUCGAAUUGCUCGGGACACGUAAAAGAAGCAAAACUGCGCGAAUGUCUCAAUGAGCUUGUAAGCAGAUAUCCGCGGAUCGGUGGAGUAAUGGGCUGGGAAUACUGGAACGCUACGACGGAGGAAAGCCCCGAGAUUGGCACGCCGUGGAAGUGGGCCGAGAUGAUCAAUGACAUGUUGAAUUCAGAUGCAAAGGGAGGAGAUGGUCCUAGCGGGUAA